GAACGAGCAAACCCUUCCUGCCCGUGUCGCUGCUCGUUGCGGCGGGACGUGCGAGGCGCCACGCCGCCGGCCACUCCAUCGUCGCCGGCUUGCUGCUUGCUGCUCCCCGCCCUUCUCCGCCGCUCCCCAUUACGCUGGCUGUGCUGCCUGCUACACCUCCGCACUACCGAGGCAGGCUCGCCUGCUACGCUGCUUUCUUCCACGCCUCCGUCCGCCCUACCGCGAGCUUCUGUUCCCCGGUUGGGUGGCGGUCCCCCCUAUCCCCCCUCCCCCAGCAGCCAGGACCCAGGAAAACUCCCCAAGGGCUAGAUCAACAGUUGGACAAUCAUGCCUCCGAAGCCUGCUCUGAGUGCUAGUCGCAGUGCGAGCAGGAAGCGAGGCAACCCCAUGUAUUUCAGGACGACCGAUUGCAGAUUGUCACCUCACCUCCUUUUACAAAUCAUGAAGCUUAUCGUUGAAAAUGAUCAGCAGAAAGGUUAUGUCAAGGAAAUUGGGUUUGGGAGCUUCUUGUCCAUGGGUGAAUUUGAGAUGAACAACGCUCUUACCCUGUGGUUGGUUGAUAAGUUUAAUUGUGACAGCGAGGCUCUUGAGUUUGAAGGUGGCAUAUCGAUUCCGGUAAGGCCACUUGUGAAGAGGGUCCUUGGAAUCCCUUCAGGCCCUAUCCAAGUUGUAGAGGGUCUAGAUGUUGACGACGCUCUCUACUGUCAGUAUACUUGUAAUCGCAGAGCAAAGAAUGCGAUGGAGGUGGCAAAUGAAAUGUGCAUUAUAACUGACAAGGAACCGUUCUGUAUAGCAUUUAUGAUGGCGAUACUCGGAAUUUAUCUAGCACCAGAUACAUCUGGGGCCGUCAAUAGGGCCUUACUGGGAGCUGUUAAGCAGGUUGAUAAACUCAAAGACAUGGACUGGUGCAAUUUCGUUGCUACCUACCUCUUCAAAGGAAUCAAGGAAUAUAAAGAAUCCAACACAACUUGUGUUUCUAUAAAGGGAUGUCUCCACAUACUGAGCGUCGUAUUCAUCGAUCAUGCUGCGUUUGAAGUACCAGUUGGUUUUCCACGCUUGGGUGUUGUCACUACAAAACAUAUCAAUUGGGUUGUUUCACAUCCCUUCACUAGCUUGAUGGUAUGUCGUCCAGAAGAGUCAAUUUAUGCUGCUGUGCUGGAUAUCAUGCCAAAAGAUAACAUUGUUGAAGAUGGCAAAUGUGUUGAUUCUGAAACAAAUACUGAUGCUCUGGGCGAUAAGCUUGCUACCACCAACACUGAUCAGAAUAACAACAAGGAUCCCGUUUCAGCAGAGAUUGACACUGCCAUAACAAGUCCCAGUACAACAAGCUCGGCAAUUGUUGAACAUGCAGAGUUAGGUACCUCACCUCGCUCACCAGCGCCCAGUUCCUUGACAGGACACAUAAUUUUUCCAAGAAGUGGCGAGGAAGUGCAGUCUUCUAGGCCUUCUGACCCGCGUUCUGCAAAAUUUUGUAUUAGAGAGAUCAUGCAUGUUGCUGCCGAUGCCCCCAAUGGAGUGGACAGGGGUUCCACAUCGUGUAUGGAGAAUGCUGGCGAGCAACAACAGUCUUCUAGGCCUUCUUCUGAACCGUGUUCUGCACAAAUGCAUGUUUCUCCAGACAACCCCAAGGGGAUGAACCGGGGUUCCACAUCGCCAAUGGAGAAUGCUAGAGAUCGGAGCGCCAAGAAGGCAAGGGUGGAUCGGCCCAGCAGUGGCCAAGCUAAGCGAGCCGGACGAGUUGCAGCUCUGAACAUGAGUUUGCUCAAUUGCACAGUCUGCUGCGGCCCUUGCAAGCCUCCUGUUUUCCAGUGCAAUGGCAGACAUUUAGCUUGCGGCAGAUGCCUUGCCGAGCUCCCCAGCGAGCAGUGCCAGAAGUGCGAGCACGGUGGUGGCUUCAGCCCCUGCCCCAUUAUGGACGAUAUCGUUUCCUUGGCCAAGGUAGAAUGUUGCCACGAUGGCUGCAAGAGCUCCGUUCCCUACCACGAGCUUGACGACCACGAGAGCGCGUGCCCCCACUCGCCUUGCUAUUGCAUGCAGCCUGGCUGUGGCUUCGUUGGCCCACCGCACGUGCUCCUCGGCCACCUCGCCGCCCUGCACUCGGUGCCGGUGCACACGGUCAAAUAUGGCAAAGUGCACAGGCUCCGGGUGUCGGCGCCACGAUUCCUGCUCCACGGGGAAGGGGAUGACAGCGCGUUCCUCCUUGCCGUGGGCAUGCUUGGCACAGCCAUGGUCGUGUCGGCGGUGUGUAUCAGGGCAGGUGCGUCGCUGCGGCCGCGGUAUGCGGUCAAGCUUUUGGCGAACGGUCCGCCACCGCCGAGCAGCGCGGCGGGAAGAAUCAAGUGGGAGUUGGAGGCGGUGACGAGCAGUACCAGGCCCGACGAGGUCGUGGUGGAGGAGCUGCCGUCUUUCUUGACAGUGCCGCCUGCGUAUCUGGUUGGAUCAGGGGCGUCCAAGGCGGUGACUCUCGACAUUCGCGUUGACAAGAUGUGAUCCAUCACCGUUCGAAGUAGCACUGACGAAGAGACAUUCGCGUUGACAAGAUGUGAUUGAUCGGUUCAGUUUGAAGUAGUAGGAUGGCGAAGAAUGGUCGAUGGGAAUUUGUGUGUUCAAUCAUCUAACUGUGAUGUCUAAUUGCUUACCGAAGACUUUUUGCAUGGUAGUGCUAAGACAUGCACAUACGGUGUUCAUGUCAUGUUAUGACCAACAUUCCAUCACUGCAAGGUUCCAAGCAUUUCAUUGUA